UCCCAAUCAUUCAACUUACGCUUUCGAAAAUGUCAGGUCGUGGUUCUUUGGAGUUCGUUCGCGAGGAUGAUUUCGUUGAAUAUUUCAUAUUCCCUCAAUUAACCGACGAAGCUGAUGAUAGCGAGAAGGCACAGCGCGACUUGGAGAAUGUUUUGCAGAAAGUUGAAUCCAUCGUGUCGGAAGUGUCGCGCGAUUAUAUUUGGCACAAAGACGAAUUUAGAUUGACAGCGCGCACAGACAGGCAGCAAGUGCUGAUACAGGCCAAUGGCGAAAACAGCGAGGCGCUACCACCGCACCUGUACGGCAUAUCACACUACGGCGACAACAUCCAGGACGAGUGGUACAUCGUUUAUCUGCUGUUCGAGAUCUCGCGGAGGGCGUCUGACAUCGUUAUCAGGGUGGUCGAUGCAGACGGCGAGUUUCUAUUAAUUGAGGCUGCAAACGUUUUGCCCAAGUGGGCGAAUCCUGACACGUGCGAACAGAGGGUUUACAUCCAUAAUGGGGAUUUACAUUUGGUUCAAAACUCCCCCUCUAGCACAACAACUCUUUUACCCGUCGCCACAGCUAUAUCGAAAAUUCGUCAGAUGCCAACUCUUUACAAAGUACCAACUGAAAUUCAGUCUUGCAUCGAUGGACGUUUGAAAGAAUUUUCAAACAAUAAUGCCGGUCAAUUUCACUAUCAACGAGUUCGGGUCCCAGCUUCAAUAGCGUUAAUGUUAAAGCAGAAACCAUCAUUGAUAGCACCGGCAUGCAGGGCAUUCUGUGAACGCGACACAAUUGACAUGAAAGCCUGCCGCGCCAUGCGAUAUUUUCCUCCUGAAAGUCGCGUGAAAACAGUGGUUAAAUUUACAAGAUGCUUGUAUGCAAUGAUUUCAAGCAAUAAUUACCAGCCUGACCGUCGAACAGGAUGGGAUCUCCCUAGUGCCAACACACAAGAAUACAAGGAGGAUCUGUUGGGAGUAAAGAUUGCUUGUGGUUUUGAGAUUUUAGCAUCACAAGCUAAAGAUAAUGAUGAUAUGGAGAAUGAUCGCUCAUGGAAAACGUAUUUGAAUAGUUUGGUAAAGAAGGGUUACUUUCGUGAAAAUGUGGAAGGAUCGAAUGAGUACAAUCGAUUGCUAAAGGAAGCAAAAGGCUUUUAUAAAGCAAAUAUUGAAAGAUUUCGAACAGCUCCAGUCGUUGGUAAGGAAAUUUUAACGAUGCUCUCGGACUUGGAAGUGAACAUGGAGCAACUAAGAAUUGAAGAAAACGAAUUACAACCAAGUGACGAUGAUAACUGGCUUAACAUUUCUCCUGAAGAAUUGGACGCAAUGCUUACUGAGAAAUACGGAGUUAGAAAGUUAUACAACGCGAACGGAAGUGUGGACGCUACUGAGUUCACUUCAAAUAUAUCAGAAUUUUUGGAUAGAAAAUCAGAAUAUGACGGUGUUGAUGAUGAAGAGCUACAAAGACGGCCCGUGAAAAAAUCGCAAUCGAUGCGACGAGCCAUCGAAUGUAAUCCUGUUAUUGACAAUGACAACUCUACUUCCAAUAAGUCCAAUGAUAUCAGCUUCGAUCCGGAUGCCUUCCAAACUCACGUCAAGAACUUCCUUGAUUUUGUAAUACCCGAAGAUGAAUGGGAUUCUGCCUCUGAAAUGAGCGAUUACGCUGACGAUGAUGAUCUCGACAAAAACAUUGGUAACAUGGAAAAUGCCAAAUUCAACAUAAAGACUGAUCUCAAAGCAUAUAUGGACCAGAUGGACAGAGAAUUGGCCCAAACAACAAUUGGAAAAACAUUUGAAACGCCCAAGAACAAACACAUGGAUGACUUUGACGAUAUCGAAUCAUUCACCCCAAUUAAUAUCGAUGUGAACACCUUGCGGAACAUGGUGGAUAGCUAUAAGAAUCAAAUUGGAGGUCCAGGUCCUGCGACAAAUCUUUUGGGUGCCAUGGGCAUUGGAAUGGCGGCAAAACUUCAACAAUCCGAUGAUGACGGCAUACCAGAUUUAGGUGGAACGCAAGUGUAAAUGGGUUACUGAAAGCCGAUAAAACGAAUCAAUUCUCAAUCAACUACUUCAGAGAAGUUCGAAUACAUUUUAUUUAUCUGACAACAUCUUUUACGUAGAAAAAGAAUCAUCACAAUCAUCGAUAAUGUCUGCCAACGAAUGUACACAUUUUAUGGGGUAUUGAGUACAGUAAACAGCGGAACAAGUUUAUACAAGUGAUAAGGACUUUUAUUCUAACUCAACACUAUUAGAUCGAACUACACACUGCUCAAAGCUAACUAUUUUUCUAAAUAUCUGAAGAUACGAGAAUGUUUAUAUUUCUUUUACAAAGAAUUUUGAAGUCCUCGAAUCGUGCACAAUGAUUUUAACUGUAUUCAUUGGGUUUGGAGACCACGAGGGUAUUACUUUUUAUUGUUUUACGAUUUUUAAUGGAAGCUUUUUGUUUUAAGAGUGUCUAAAAUGUAACAAUGGAUUUGUUGUGUAUAUUAGACUCUAUAUAAGUCUUUAGAUAUCCCUUUUUCAUAUUUUCAUUCAAUAAUUAUCAAAUAAACAAAAUCUUAAUCAA